GGCGGCGGCGGAGGGAUGGGACCGCGGAGUGGCGGCCGCCCGCGGCACGGGCAGCAGCAGCAGCACCGGUACCGGUACCAGCACCAUCAGCAGCAGCAGUGCCCGCAGUGCUCGCAGCGCCCGCAGCAGCAGCGCCCCCGCCGGCCCUAGCGCCCCCGCCCCGCUCUCGGGCGGCAGCGAGGGGGCAGCGCGGUGCCGCCGGGGGGCGGCCGCUGAGCGGCGUGGCGCCGGGGGGCGGGCGGAGCGCGGCGCCGCUCAGCGCAGCCCAGCUCAGCUCCGGCGCGGCGCCCAGCCGCCCAGCCAGGCAGCGGCAGGCAGCGGCCGGCGGAGAUGUGCCCCGAGGAGGACGGCGGCUGCGGCGGAGGAAGAGGAGGAGGAGGAGGAGGAGGAGGAGGAGGAGGAGGAGGAGGGGGGGGAGGAGGCGGUGUGGCCGGUACCGGCGGCUCGGAGGCGGCGGUGGCGCUGGACGAGCUCCGCUCGUGGUGGGAAGUGCCGGCCAUCGCGCACUUCUGCUCGCUCUUCCGCACCGCCUUCCGCCUGCCCGACUUCGAGAUCGAGGAACUGGAAGCUGCUCUUCACAGGGAUGAUGUGGAGUUUAUCAGCGACCUGAUCGCCUGCCUUCUUCAAGGUUGCUAUCAGCGCAGGGACAUCACAUCCCAGACGUUUCACAGCUACCUGGAGGACAUCAUCAACUACCGCUGGGAGCUGGAGGAAGGGAAACCCAACCCGCUGCGGGAGUCCACCUUCCAGGAGCUGCCCCUGCGCACCCGCGUCGAGAUCCUGCACCGCCUCUGCGACUACCGGCUCGAUGCAGAUGAUGUCUUCGACCUCCUCAAGGGCUUGGACGCCGACAGCCUCCGCGUGGAGCCGCUGGGCGAGGACAGCAGCGGUGCCCUGUACUGGUACUUCUACGGCACGCGGAUGUACAAGGAGGACCCCGUGCAGGCGAAAACCAACGGAGAGCUGGCUCCAGACAGGGGGUGUGGGGGGCAGGCGAACACCCCAAACGUUCCUGGGAAAACAGGCAAGAGACGAGGGCGACCCCCAAAGCGGAAAAAACUACUGGAGGAAAAUUUGCUGAGGGAGAAGGCAGAAGAGAACAUGCUAAUCCGUGAGACUCAGAUAAGAAAUGGGUCCCAAGGGCCAGGCCGUGGGACAUGGUGGCUGCUGUGUCAGACGGAAGAGGAGUGGAGGCAGGUCACAGAGAGCUUCAGAGAGAGGACUUCCCUUAGAGAGCGGCAGCUCUACAAACUCUUGAGUGAAGACUUCCUGCCGGAGAUCUGCAACAUGAUUGCACAGAAGGAGAAGCGUCUGCAGCGGCCAGAGUUUUCUCCCAGGUGGAUGUCUGACCAUCAGCCCAUCAAACCAAUCAAGCAGGAGGUAAACCCGAAUGUGCUCAGUUCGAUGGAGAAGCAGAGGCGCAGGGAGGAAGAGGAGGAGCGCCAGAUCCUUAUAGCAGUGCAGAAGAGGGAGCAGGAGCAACUGCUAAAGGAGGAGAGAAAAAGAGAGAUGGAGGAGAAGGUCAAAGCAGUGGAAGAGCGAGCCAGGAGGAGGAAGCUUCGUGAAGAGCGGGCCUGGCUGCUGGCACAGGGGAAGGAGCUGCCCCCCGAGCUUUCCCACUUGGAUCCCAGUUCCCCUACCAGGGAAGAGCGAAGGACCAAGGAUCUCUUUGAACUGGAUGAUGAGUUCACAGCCAUGUACAAAGUUCUAGAUGUGGUAAAGGCUCACAAGGACUCUUGGCCCUUCUUGGAACCUGUUGAUGAGUCGUAUGCUCCUAACUACUACCAGAUCAUUAAGGCCCCCAUGGACAUCUCUAGCAUGGAGAAGAAGUUGAAUGGAGGUCAGUACUGCACCAAGGAAGAAUUUGUGGGCGAUAUGAAGACCAUGUUCAGGAACUGUCUUAAGUACAAUGGUGAAGGCAGUGAAUAUACCAAGAUGGCUUACAACUUGGAGAGGUGUUUCCACCGAGCAAUGAUGAAGCACUUCCCUGGGGAAGAUGGAGACACAGAUGAGGAGUUUUGGAUCAGAGAAGACGGGAGGCGGGAGAAGAGGAGCCGGCGGGCUGGCCGCUCCAGCGCUGGCAAUGUUUGGACUCGGUCACGAGACCCAGAGGGACCAGGCAAGAGGCAGCAGCGCCUGGAAAAUGGAGGGAAACCUCCACCAUAUCGAGCUGCUUCGAGGGCUCCCGCCUCCUCCUCCUCUUCCUCCUCCUCCUCCUUCUCCUCGUCCUCUGCAGAGGAUCCAAGUGGCAACCCCAUGCAGCCUCCUCGAGAAGUGGGCCCUUCCAAUGGGCGAGGUUUCCCCCGCUCGCUGCAGUACGGCGGCAUGCCCAGCCCCGUGCCACAUCCCGGCCAGAUGAGACCAGCUGUGCCAGGAACGUUCGGUCCCCUGCGCGGAUCAGAUCCAACAAAACUGUAUGGCUCACCGCGAGUGCCAGAGCCCCAUCCUGGAGACCCGGUUCAGCAGCACCAGCACUUUGCCAUGCAGCCGGCCGUGGGACUGAGCGAGCACCGUGGGCACAGGCUGGCUGCCCCUGAGAAGCAGGUGUGUGCGGGGCCGACCCACGUCACCGGCCUCGGACCCCGUCCUGGCACCCUGCAGCUGGGGCGUGUCAGCGGCCCCCCUCCGGACGCCGUCUACCCGCCAGCCCAGUUCCAGCAGGGCUUCCUCCCUCCAAGGCACAACGGGCCUCCGGUGAGGCCGCCAGAAGGCUCGGAGAUGCCCCCUGGACAUAUGUACCGGCCCUACAAGUACCUGAACCGUGGGCACCCGGCCCUGUGGAAUGGCAGCCACAGCGCCGCCAGCCAGGGUGCCGUGGGGCCGGAGGAGAAGGCACCCAUGGGGCCAGCGCCCUCGCUGCAGCCCCGCGCCAUCGGCCACAUGAUGGAGCCCCGGGCCUUACGGCCUCCUCUGCCUCCCAGCCAGUGGACUGAGCAAUCAAACUUCCUACCUCACGGGGUGCCUCCCUCAGGGUACAUCAGACCACCCGGGAAAGCUGCUGGCCAGAGGAUGCCGCAGCCGCCGGCCGCUCUGUUCGGGGGACCGGCUCAGGUUCAGAGAGGGUGCCAGGGUGGGGACUCGAUGAUGGACAGCCCAGAGAUGAUCGCCAUGCAGCAGCUGUCCUCCCGCGUGUGCCCGCCGGGCGUGCCUUACCACCCUCGCCAGCCACCCCCGCCGCACCUCCCUGGACCCUUUCCCCAGCUGGCUCACGCCGCCUCUGCUGGUGUGCCACCCCCAAAGCCGGUCAUGGGCAACGGGAGCUCGCAGGAUCAGACCAUGGAGCCGGAGAGCAACCAAGUGGAGCCACCGGCGGGCGUGGAGGAGAAGGCUCAGUGCAUCGGCAUUCCCGACGGGGCCUACGGCAAACUCCUACCUCAUCCCAAGCCCCCCCUGCCCAUGGAGUGCACCCGACGCGCCUUGCCCCCAGAGGAGGGGGACGGCUCCGGCCUGAAGAGCGACCUGAAGGCAGGGCAGAGCAAGGGCGCCUGGCCGGCCGAGAGCGGCUACGCUGGCCCACAGGGCUGCGUGAGGGACCUGGCGCCCACCUCCGAGCGAGGAGGGCCCGUGCCUGAGAACGGGGCAGCGGGCGAGGGGCCGGCGGAGGGGAAGGGGCUGGCCGCCAGCCUGAUGGAGAAGCCCCUCUGCGGCGGGGGGAAGGCUGUGCCUGAAGCGGCCGUGCCUUGCCUGGGGCAGGCACCGGCCUUCCCUGCCAUGGACGCCAGCACCGUGGGGGCUGCCCCCAACCAGUUCCACCCUCUCUACAUGCCUGGUCUGGAGUACCCCAAUUCGGCCGCCCGGUACCACAUCAACCCAGGGCUGCAAGGCUUCAGCCCGGUGAUGGGCGGCAAGCCUCCCCCCGUGUCCCACCCGCAGCAUUUCCCUUCGCGGGGCUUCCAGCCGAGCAACGCCCACCCCGGGGUCUUCCCCCGCUAUCGGCCCCACCAGGGCAUGCCCUAUCCCUACCAGCCCCAGCCUCAACCUUCCUACCACCACUACCAGCGGCCGCCCUACUACGCCUGUCCGCAGGGCUACUCGGACUGGCAGAGGCCUCUGCACCCCCAGGCCAGCCCCAGUGGCCACCCGCCCCUGGCCAGACCCCCCUUCUCCGAGCGGGGGAACGUGAGCGGCUUGCAGGGCUGCGAGGCGCUGAGCGCUGCCCUGGCUUCUCCCAACCGCAUGGACGUAGCGAGUGCCAAAGAGGUUUCUCCGAGCGACGGGCAGGAUCUGGGGCCUGAAGAUGAGAAGUCCGAGGAAUCGCAGGAGCGGCCGGAGAGUCCCAAAGAGUUCCUUGAUUUGGACAACCACAACGCGGCCACGAAGAGGCAAAGCUCAGUGGCAGCAGGAGAGUUCCUCUACGGAGCUCCCCCGCCCCACCUGGGUUCGGGAAUGGGAUUUGGGCCGUCGGCUUUCCCUCCCCACGGGGUGAUGCUACAGACUGGCUCUCCCUAUGCAUCCCGGCAUCCCGCCAGCCAUUUCCAACCCAGGACAUACGGAUCGCCCAUGAAUGCCCACCUGUCUCAUCAUCAUCCAGCCUCUGGCCAGGCCAACGGCCUCUCUCAGGAGGGACCCCUGUACCGCUGCCGGGAGGAGAACAUAGGUCACUUUCAGGCCUUGCUGAUGGAGCAGAGAGGCAGUGGAGGUGGCAUGGGGGGGCCACCCCAGGACUUGUAUAGAUCAUCGGGAAUGCAAAUGCAUCAGGCUCAAGUUCCCUUCCCGAAGAUGCCUACAGCAACCAUGUCCCGGGAAGAUUUGACGCCACAAAAACCAUCAGCGUUGCCUCUGGAUCAAAGCUAGUCCAAGGAAGGAAGGACCUCAUGAAGACGAAAGCCACACGUGAUUUGGACAAGGGGGAGGAGGGGCAGGCCUUCCUCCCACCCUCCCCUCACCCAAGCAGCACGUAGCUUCCCGGGUCGGUGGAGCAUGGUGCCACGGCGGCUUUUGUGUUGGAAACCCGGAGCGGUGCAGGGCCCCAGCCGGCCGAGCAGCUGGCUCGCCACCACAGGGCGAGCAUCGCCAAACCUAGUGGCUUUCCGUGACUGGAGACUGCGUCUCGUUCAGGGUUUGAGGGAUUUUUGGGGUGGGGAGGGCGGGGGUGGGGGCUGAAACUUUCAUUGACUGCUAAACUCAGGUAUAUUUUUCAGGGUGGAAGAGGACGAUGAUGGAAUUUUACUUGUAGUAUUAACGUGUGUGUUUUGGAGCUGGAUCCAGUUUACAGAAUUUAACCUGUUGCCUUUUUAAAUAAAUUUCUGUUGUUGGUGAAUGUAUUGUACAUAAUGGGGGAGGGGGUGGGCCCAGCUUGUAGUGGGCUUAGCACUGGAGGAAUCCUUAACUGUUUACAAUCAUAUCACACUGAAAUCUUUCAGGAUAGGGUGAGGGUUUCGUGGGAGUGGGGAGAGGUGAGGGAACAUGCAAUGGAUGACUUGCUGUCCUCUGCAACUGAGACACCAACUUGUAGUUGUUUUACUGAAUAGCAGGGAUUGCUCAGGGGCAUAACGUGUCCUCCUCUUUCUCUUCUCCUCUUCCUCCUUCCCCUCUCGCCCCUGCCUCCACCCCUCUGGAUCCAGGGCCUGAGUGCACUUCCAGCUCCCUGUCAUCGUGGGGGAACAAGGAAACCAGGACCAGGAAUUGAAACCAGGACAGGACACUCAUAGCAUUGUCCCUUCUGCUAGCGUAGUACCCUCCUCCCUGCCUUUUUCGUAAGAUUAAGUUAAGCUCUAGAAAACAGAAAAUGGCACAAAUGGUCAUCUUAGACCUCUUUCUGUGAAACCAGUGCAGCUGGGUGUGGAGCAGCACCUGUCCAGCAGAACAAAUGUGCAGGUCUGUACCCCUCCCUGCCUGAGGAGGGGAACCACGUCCCUCCUUUCUUUCUCUUUCCUUGCCUAUUUUCACCUCUUAGCAGCAGCAAAGCAGAAACCACACCAGGAUUCCUGACCGCUCUCAGUUGCCUGUGAAAGCAGGAGUAUAAGGCUGUUUUGGGGGAAUGGUUUGUUUGCUAGCGUGAGCUGUUUGUUGGCCAGCAGAGUUGGGCUUGGUGUUUACAAGAAGCCGGUGAUUCAGAAAGCACUGAUUUGAAAUCAGAUGUUGAGGUGGAAUGGCUUGGGCAGUGGGCGAUGAGAGAGCCGUGUGCUUGAGCUGAGUCAGUUUACCUCCGUUGUUUUUGAUGUUGUAGCAGCAAGUACAGUGGCAGCUUCCCUCAAGGGCAAUACUCGGUCUGCAGGCACUUCUCACAGCAGCAGCACUGCACGGGGAGCCCCUCGUUGACACAUCAGUUCAGUAGGCAUCUCUUCUGCAGCUGCUUAUCCAUACCUUGAAACUAGCACAGCUGAAUAUUCUCGGGGGAGUCGGGGUAAGGCAAGGUGGAGUUGCUGUGCUGUAAGACUGGGCAGCAAGGUCUGUUGGACCAGAGCCCUAGUGCAGGCUGGCUCUGGCAGGACAGCGGUGUGUGUGUAUUUAUAUAUAGUUAAGAAGGACGUGCCAAUGUGCUGGCCAAAAAAUUGUGCUUGCGGGAGCACAAGUGGCAGCAGAAGUGAGCACGUGAGGACAGAGCAGCGUGCCCUUUGGUCAGCAGUACCAGCCAGGGGAAGGUUUUAUUCUCCAAGCUCCUGGAGAAUUUUUGACUGCUUUGUCACCUUCGAUGGUGCUGUCACCCCUGUUAGCUAGAUUGCACUAGCGUUCAUGGCCACACUGCCUGUGUCCUGCUGUGUGUAUUGACCAUGUGCUGGCACAGUUGUUUGAGCAAAUGGCAGGUAGCAUCUGACUGAGCCAUUACUCCUUCUGUCCUCAGCUUCUGGAAACACAAAGGGCCUAGAAGACAAGAAGUGGUCUUUCUUGAAAAAGAAAGAGGAAAGACUGAUAUAUUAGUGCCACUCUUACAAAUCAGCCUCAGUCCCUGUUGCUGCAGUUUUGCCUCUGACAAGCUGUGUAGAGCCAAGGCAUUUUCCAAGCCUAAGAGGAGUUAAAUUUCUUCAUGCGAGCCCCACAAGUGUGUUUAUAAAUUCACUUCUCCUUACUCACUGCUGCAGCUAGCCUUUGAACCACAGCUGCUCUCUGUUCGGUCCAGUGAGUUGCCUGGCUUAGCAGGCUCCUCCCCAAAGGAGGACUUCAGCUUAAUGUCAACUACUUUACUAAAACGAGAUUUUUUUUUUUUCCCCUGUUUGUGUUCCUCAGUCAGGGAACAGCUGUCACUGGUGGAUUGGUAUAAACUGGAAUAGAUAAUCCUGAAGGUUGUCCUUGGAGUGAGAAGCUGGUAACUGCGCUACCCGGCCAAGAACUAUGCGGUGGCUGAUCUGAGUUUGUCCCAAAUCUGAGGGUCUACUGCUGGCUUAUCAGCUGGCACUGGGUUUUCAGAGGGGCCCCAGCUGCUGGGAAAUGCAAGUCUGGAUUUAGCUUUUCUUUCACUGAAGCAGUAAUAGGUAUUUUUGAAAAGGCAUGCAAGUAUAACUGCUCUUCAGGACAAAAAAAAAAUAAUAAUACAAACGGGACAAAUGAGAAAACUAUUGCAUCUCUUUUUAAGGCAAUCUUCAUUUAGUUCAUUUUCAUUAAAAAUGGAGGAACUGUGAAAUAUAGCAAAUGUAGCAAAGUAUUCGAAAUUCUGGAAAUGUGAACGUAGAUUCUGCAAACAACCCUUGCCAUAGUUCAGCCUGUGUCUCCUGUAUCAUGGACAGCUAUUCAAAUAUUUGAAGUGCCUUUCAGCUCAAUGUGAACGUUGUGGAACAGGAGGUUUUGAAGCUGUACAAAAUGAACAAGCCAAAGCACUCUUGGUCUUCAGCUGGAACCAGCACUGAAAACACGCUUCUAGUGGUCAUGGCAUUUGGAUGAGUACCAACCCUAGAUCAAAUCAGGAGGAAUAAGAAAGGCAGGAAUUGCUUGUGGCCUGUGCAGAGAGGGUAGUGGAGCGUUAGAGAGCGAUAGAUAGAUACUGUGAGGAUCCUACGUGGAGUAUGAGACGUGAAGGUACAGUCCCUUACCUGACCUAAUGGGAAACCAGGGAGGAGGUGACUUGCAGAGGGUAGGUGAAACAGCAGUGAAACUGGCUCCCUCCCCUUGGGAGGUUUUCUAGGUAAAAGGCUUUUGAUGUAGUUGGUAAUUCUUGUUAAAGCGACUAACGAGCUGCUUCUGGGAGGACACAUGGUUUGUAUUAGAAAAGCACUAACGUAGCGUAGGGGGAGCUAUGGCUGGGCAGCAGGGACAUCCUGGGGACGGGGCAUGCUCGGAUCAAGAGCUGCUUGUGGAACCUUAGCUCGGAGUUUCCAGACUUUCAAAUGCUUUGUUUGUAAAUGUUUUGUGGGUUUGGUUGUGUUUGUUUGUUUUUAGUUGGUUUUGUUUGCUUGUGAUUUUGUGAUGACAUUGAGGCAUCCCCCAAAAAUGAGAGCUCUGUCUCGCUAGGUACAAUCUGAACAAACCACCCCUCAGAAAAUUUGCACCCCUCAGAGCCCCCAGGGACUGGGAGCAGAUAGCUAAGGUAGAACAAAAGCAAAAGUACAUGGAGAGAAGCAGAAAACAUGAAUUGCAUUGUUUAUGGUUUCCUAACCUGUGCUGUGCAGGACGAUUUGUAGACAUUGUGAAAGAGACAGGUUUAAGGAGAGUUUUAGAAGAGAGGAAUGGCAGCCCUUUAGGGACAGGAUGGUACCUCUUUCCCCAUGAGUCGGUGUUACAGUGCAGGAGAAAGGUAGCUGCCUUUUAAAAUAUCCUUGCUUUUGACUGUUGUAUUUGCAUCACUCUCUCAAAUAACAUUUUAACAGAAUAUAGAGAGAUUCUGGACUGAUUGGAACCCCUCUUUUUCAUCCCCCAGCGUUGUUGUAAUAUAAUAUAUUUCCAGUUGGACCCUUUUCAGAAAGCAUAUUGAGCUAGGGACUUUGCAAAGUUCCCUUACUUUUCCCAUAUGGAGGACGUGUUUUGCUGUAAUUAUGGAUAUCCAUGUUAAACAAGGCUGUAUAAUAGGAAGAACGAAUAUGAUGCCGAGCAAGCCAAAAGUUCCCAAUAUUCCCAGAGCAGCUUUGUACUUGUCUUCUGGCUUUUCAGCCUCUCGCUCUCCCCACCACCUCCGUCUUUGCGAGUGGUGUGUGGUGUUCACAGGCUCCCUGGAUGCUCGAUUGCCAUUAUAAAUGCCAUUGUAUAAGCCUCCCCUGGGACUCUGGUGGCUUUUGACAUCUUAAGCACUACAGGCCCUGGCAGUUCAACUAAGUAUUUUAAGCAGGUCAGUAGCUCAGGCCUCACAGUGAUUUUUAGCUGCGUCCAGCAGAAGCUUGCAGUUUAUGAAUUCCAUGGUGUGACCCACCAAACCACUUGGUAGCAGUCCAAGACACCAGUCUGCAAUGAGGAGGACAAAAGAGGAAAGUAAAUUUGAAGUUUCAAGGCCCAACUGGCUUGAUUUGUGACUCUAAAGUACAUGAAGACACUUUUCUUGGAAGAGUUUCUAAUUCUUUCUUGUCUGCCAAAUGCCUUUCCCGUGCAGGCUUUCUGAAGCAAAUCUCCUGUGUAUAUUUUUGUAAGUGUGGUUUCUCAGGGUCUUGGAGAGCUAUCAGCUUGAUGUCUUAUCUGAAAGCUAGUCACAGAGGCUGUCUUUCAUUCUGCUGACUGAGGCAGUUUCCCUGCAGCUCCUCUCUCUUUACACCCCAACACUUCUCCAUGUAAAAUGAAAGUAUAAUUAGACGACAACCCGCAUCUCUCUCUUCUGCCGAUCCCUGUCAGUCUUCUGCAUCUCUGCGUUGAGCCAGAGUUAUUGCUUUGCUCUCUGUGGCUUUGCUCGGGGUUGGUUUCCCAAGGAGACGCCUCGGCGUUGCGCUGUGCGCCGUGGAGUUUCGGGGAAGGUGCCGCAGGACGUGAGGGGAAGCAGAGGAGUCGGCUCUGGCAGAAUUCCUGUUUCGCUUUAAGGCCGGUGCCGGUGGUUGAACAGCAGGUGUGUGAGUGCCGUAUCCUUCCUGAGAUUGAGAUAGCAGGCUAUGAAAGUGGUGGUGCAGCUGCGGGCCAUGUGACAAGCUUUAAGAGCGUGUGCUUAUUGUAACCAAGAAAGCAUCUCAAACGGUGACCUUCCAGCCUUUCCCCAUCUGUACCUGUUUAACAUACAGAUGGGGGGAGAGCACGCUCCGGCUUGGCAGGACCCCUGCCGCCCAUGCGGAAGGAAAACGCUUUUAACCAGCACAUAAUGAACCGAGCGUUGCGGUGUUCGCUCUGCUGCCCACCUCCCUCCAGCACGCUGCUCUGAAAAGGCGCUGGGGGGACCUUCGGGUAGGAGCUGCUGGGAUGGAGGCAGCAAAGCUCAGUCUGCCCAUAGGGAAGAGAAUUCAGGGCAGGGUGUAUGUAUCUGAAGCUAGGAGGUAACAUCCAAACGUUUCCUCAACGUGCAGCGUGAUGCUGUGCCCUUCCUGGCUGCUGUCCUGCCUUUGCUCACGUGCGGUAUCUGAGAGACCACGGAGCGCUGUGUGGUUUCACUGCAGCUGGCCUUGUGUCCACUUGUUUUUUUUCUCCUCAUUCUGCAACAGUGGCCUAGAUUUCUUUUGGAAAAGGUCUUCCUCUUUCUGAAGAGUAGGAUAUCAGAGGAUAGUGCAUCCAGGAGCCAGAGAGAGCUACAUCCAGCAGUGGAAGAGGGGCUGAAGGACUAAUUAGGGCUAAGGAAUAAUUGGGAUUGUCACCAGUUGUAGCAGGUUCCUCUGUCCUUUGCCUUUUUAAUUUGGAAACACAUGGUUCACCAGCAGAAGGGUAGGAAUUGGAAAAACUGAAGUAGAAGUGACACUUAGUGACACUUCUACUUAGCGUGUGGGCAGAUGCCACUGUGGUGGAUGAAUUUGGGCCAGGUGGCCGUGACGGGCUCCUUCAGCCUUCAGCGUGAGCAGAUGCCUCACGCAUCGAGCGCUGCCGGGCACGUCAGAGGAGCCUCCUCCCCUUCCCAACCCAGUCAGGCAGGACAGGAGCUUGGCCCUCCACUUGUACUCUGGAAAGUCCUCUGGUCGCCCUUCGUGUCACGCACCGACAUCUCCCCUCCCCUCGCUUUCUCCCCCUCUGCUCGCUUCACCGCUGUCAGCCGCGGAGCUGAGAGCUCGCUGCGCAGGGCAGGGCAGGCGGCUGGGCUUGCCAGCUGUCUCUGCAUAUGCAUGUAGGAAGCAGGCGGGGAGCAAGCAUUGCCCUCCUUGUGACGGGAGUGAAGGUGUCCCCGUGGCUAAGCAGCGUUCCCCCGCGUGCCCCCGGGGUUCACCACCCUGGCACGGCGACGUCUGUCCCCCUGCCAGCACAAGGCCCCUCUUGGGACCCUGCCGUGUCUACCUCCAAGGUGGCUUUGGUUAAAAAUACACACUGUGUGCAGCCCUGAAACCUGUUACCUCUCUUCCUUGCUAGCUCAACUGCUGCCUGAUUUUCCUGAGCAAUAAUAAUGUGCAGCAGUGCAGCUUCGACCUUCCCCUGCUGUGUCAAGCAGAGGACGGCCAUAAAAUGCGCUGUGGGGCUCCCGACUUCGCUGGGGGAGCAAGGGGCUUCCUGCUGCCUUCCCAGCCGCUGUCAGGUUGAUUUAGGUGGCCAGGAGAGAGCCGGUCACUCUUCUGAGGGUGGGAAGGGAGCAAGCUGGAGCUGAGCCUCGUCCGUAGCCUGGGUUCAGAGCAGGGAGGAGAGGGGUGGGCACACCCCGGAGCGACCCACGGCUGGAGGCAGCGGGCGCCUGUGCCUCUACAUCUGUCCUUCUGCAGCUGGGUGGUGUGGGGUGGCUGGGUUUGUUGUUUUUGUUUUGUAUUAUUGUAAGUUUGUAAAGAAUGUAAUCUGUCUGUCGGGGGCAUGAGGAGGAAAUGGGGGCCUUCCUCCUUCGGGGUGAGGCUGUUCUUGCAUCGCUGCGGGUUUUGUUGCUGGCGGGGAGGGGGCCCAGCAGCCACGGGGGCAAACUCCUGACCCCAGCCACCGCUCACAGCUAUCCCAGGGCACCGGGAGGUGGGGGCACUGCAGCAGAGACCUCCCCCCAAGGCUGUGAAAGCCACCCCUGCCUGCAUCCUUCGGCGGAGGGAUCUGCACCGGGGUCUUCUGCUGGCUGGUGGGGCAUCACACCAAGGGCUGGUGCUGCUCUUCUCCGGCUCAGGCAGACCCCGAGCUGGCCGGCUGCCCGUGCUGCUGAGCCAGGGAAGGCCGGGCUGGGAGGCGCACACCUCUCCGUGCAAGAACAAAUUCGGGCUGGAGCCACUGCCCCUGCUGUCACCCCACUCCCAGCUCACCCCCGCCUCCCUCCCCGUCCCGUAGAGCACAGUGUCAGGGAUCCUCUUCUCUCUCCUGCUGCUGCUGCAAAGUUGUGUGAACUUUCCUGGUCAAUACUGGAAAGGGGAAUGCUAUUUAUUUUUAUAUUGUGUAUAUUUUGUCUUGGUCUGCUGAUUACCUUUGUUCCCCAAGAGCGACAGUUACCUCAAUAGUUAGUUUAAUACUGUGUGUUGGGUAAUUUUUUUAAAGAACUUUUUUAAAAGCUUGAUCCUUGGAGGUCUGUAGAUUUUAUUUCCAUAUGAAUUGGUUAUUUUGUAUAAAGUACAUUCUUAAAAUAGCAA